AUGGGGACUGAGGCCAAAAACGUGUGUUUUUCAGACAGCAAGAAGACCAAUAUGUCUGGUGCAAAAGGGGCAUCAGAGCUCUAUUUUGUGUUAUGUAACACAUUUAAUCUUGUUCUUAGGUCCAGCCUGAUGACGGGAGGGGCUAAGCGAGGCGUCCCCAACCCUUGGCUUUUUGAGGAGCCAGAAGAGACCAGAGGCUUGGGUUUUAAUGAAAUCCGACAACAGCAGCAGAAAAUCAUCCAAGAACAGGACGCAGGCCUUGAUGCCCUUUCCUCUAUCAUAAGUCGCCAAAAACAAAUGGGGCAAGAAAUUGGGAAUGAGCUGGAUGAACAAAACGAGAUAAUUGAUGACCUUACCAACCUGGUGGAGAACACAGAUGAGAAACUUCGCACUGAAACCCGGCGUGUGAAUCUGGUGGACAGAAAGUCAACGUCUUGUGGGAUGAUAAUGGUGAUUUUAUUGCUGCUUGUAGCUAUUGUGGUCGUUGCAGUCUGGCCUACCAACAAGUAGCAAUAAAGGGACCACCAGCUGUGACACCUGCCAAUGAUGGAGAAAAGCUCAGCGCUCUUUUGAUACACGAAGGCUGCUCUCAAUAAAUUCCCCCAAAGCUCUGCA